UAUUGACGGUAAAACAGGCUAUUCCGAUCGUCAUGGGAGCUAACAUUGGCACAUCUGUAACCAAUACCAUCGUCUCCAUUGGUCAGAUCACCAAUAAGGACGAUUUCCGGCGGGCAUUUGCCGGUGCUACGGUCCACGAUGCUUUCAACUGGCUAACUGUUCUAGUUCUUCUGCCAAUAGAAGUAAUUACAGGUUAUUUGGAGGCACUGAGUGGUGCAAUAAUUGACAGUAUCCCACAAUUUAACGAGGAUAUGAAAGACUUGAAUAGAGAUUACCUUAAAGUUAUCACAAAUCCUUUAACUAAGCUUGUCAUUCAGAUCGACAAAAAGGUGAUUACGAAAAUUGCAAAUGGGGAUGAGGAAUACUUGGAUAAAUCUAUAAUAAAGCACAAAUGUUGUGAUAAACUUGACAAUGGUACCAGCGUAAAUUGUAAAACUUGUGUGUUCAUGUUUGAAAGCAUAUCCCAACCAGGAAAAUGGAGCGAUGCAGCUGUUGGUGCCCUUCUUCUGGUUAUCGCCCUUGUUCUGUUGUGCGUUUGCCUCGUUCUGAUUGUCAAACUAUUACAUUCAUUACUAAGAGGACAAAUCGCUCACAUUAUUCGAAAAUUCAUCAACGCGAACUUUCCGGGAAAAUGCAGCUAUUUCACAGGAUAUCUUGCUAUCCUAAUCGGUGCAGGAUUAACAAUUCUUGUACAGUCAAGUUCAAUCUUCACCUCUUCAAUAACACCACUAGUUGGUAUGGGCGUACUUAGUCUAGAGAGGAUGUAUCCCCUAACACUUGGCUCAAACAUCGGAACAACGGCUACGGGAAUUCUUGCCGCUUUCGCGCAAGACCCAGAUAAGAUUCCAAAUUCGCUCCAAAUUGCAUUGUGUCACCUGUUCUUCAAUAUUUCAGGGAUAUGUAUCUUCUAUACGUUUCCAUUCUUCCGACCACCAAUCAGAAUGGCGAAAUUCCUCGGAGUCCAAACUGCAAAAUACCGCUGGUUUGCAAUUAUGUACCUGUUUGUAGCCUUUUUCUUAUUUCCCGCAGCCGGCUUUGGUCUGUCAGUGGCCAGCUGGAUCGCUCUUGCCGCAGUAUUUAUACCAAUUGCUGUUCUUAUCAUUAUAAUAUUGAUCAUCAAACUCAUUCAGAACAAGCGGCCACUCUGGCUUCCGUCUGUCAUGCGCAACUGGAAAUGGCUUCCGGUACCACUGAGGUCACUUGCGCCCUUUGAUCGUUUUCUGAUGAUAAUUACCGGACACUGUUAUUGUUGUCGUAAAGUUGGUUGUAUGAAAGCUAUAACUGACGAUUCUGAAGACAGAAACCAGAAGAAAAUUGAAUUUAAUGACAUAAACAAUGACGAAUUAGUGACGACUGUUACUUAUGACAAUGGCGCAUCUGGAACAGAUGGAAAUUCUGCAAACAGUACACGCAUGUAGAAAAUACUAGUGUGAUGUUUCAUCAUGGAAAGUUUAAAAUCCUGUUUCGUAAAUGAAACAAAGCAUAAAGGCAGUUGUGACAAAAAUAAACUGUGAUAUUCUGGGAUUUUAACCCGGUAUUUUAACAGCAACCAGACCAUUUGACGCCAGUUUUAGAACAUGGUAAUGUACCAUUUCUAAAUGUGAACAACAAAGCUUAUUUCGGAAAGAAAGUUCUUUACGAAAUUUUUGCCGUUUAUAUAAUACAAACACAAUUUUAACGGGAACGUUAAUUGGGCUCCCGAAUGUUGAUAAUAUUCUGUAAUGAUUUUGUUGAGAAAUAUCUCUUUCUGGCAACAUUGUCAGCAUCUGUUUUUACGAAAUGAUUUCCGCAAAAAUUAAAAUGCUCAGUGUUUCGAUGUGUAGUUGAGCUAGUCAAUGAUGUACUUUUAUUUUUGCGAUAGAAUGAAAAAUUUUUAGGUCAGAAUAUGAACUACCUUAUUUUGUAAAAUGACUGUCCCACUCUUUGUAAAAAUUGAAUGCUACCGAUUCUUGCAGAUACUUGUCCAUGGGUUACGUUAAAUAUUGAUUAUUAAGGCAUAGUAAAAUAUAAACUUGAACACAAAUAUGACAAAACAUCAAAUUAUUUUGACUUCUACCCCCGACCAUUUACACCUGAAUGGGCAUAAUGUCAUGUAAAGCCUUAACCAUACAACACGGCCUCUCAGUUACAUUUCCAAACUUCAAAUAUACUUGUCCAGUGAUAAGCUCUACAAAAUACUUGUAUUUAUAGUAACAUACCUGAAAUUACAGAAAGUUUUAUUGUCUUUAAUAUGAAAUUGUUUUAACAUUAUACAUUUUCAUGUAUAUAAUUAUUUGUAUCUGCAAUGUUUGACUUUUAUCUUUAAUGAAACAUACAUGUUGCUGCAUUGAAGUUUUCGGAUGUUUUAAGUCCAAUACAGUGUGUUUUAAGCAUAAAUGCUUCCUAAUAUUUGCUUUUGUUUUGUUUUAUCUUAUACAUGUAUUUAAAUAUGUUAAACAGAAAUUUAGAUUUACCUGGCAAUAAAUUCUGUUUGUUUUA